GGAAGCUUGCUUUGAGGCAAUUUCUGGGCAGAUGUAUUUUUCAGACCAGAACGUUGAGCUGAGGCAACUUUCUUCACACUCUGUAUGAGCUCGAAUCACCAGUAGGCAACUCUGAAACUGCGCAGCAGCUUUGACUGAUCUACUAUGACACACAAUAACACCCAUCACUGCGGUGCCUCAACCCAGAGCAUGGUGGCCUCUGUCCUUACUCCUGUGCUCAUCAUCCAGCUGUUACUCGGUCUGCCAGGUAAUAUCAUGGCACUAACUAUCUUUUGCCAAAAAUUGCAGUCUUGGAGAGCCAACGUCACAUUCCUCUUCAACCUGGUUUUAUCAGACUUUUUGCUUCUCUUGAGCCUACCCUUCCGUAUCGACAACUUUGUGCGCGGUGAGAUGUGGAUAUUUGGAGAUGCAUGGUGUCGGAUCAACCUAUUCAUGCUGGCAGUAAACCGUUCUGCUAGCAUUGCCUUUAUGACCGCUGUGGCUGUGGACCGCUACUUUAAAGUGGUCCAUCCACAUCACAAAAUCAAUCACAUGCGCUCAAAACAAGCAGUUUGGAUCGCCUGCCUCAUCUGGGUAGUUGUGAUAUCUCUGAGGAUGCCUUUGCUGUCCAACAAUCUUCUGAGCAUGAAGGGCAACAUCUCCCUUUGUAGGAGUUUCAGCAACUAUGAGAAUCCACCACUAGGAAUCCGCCUGCAUUAUGCAGUUUUUACAUUAGAGUUCUUUUUUCCUUUGGUGCUCCUGGUCUUCUGCUCCAUGCGAAUUGCCUGUAUCCUACGUUCUCGCCAGAUUGACAAGGACAGGAGAGGGCAAAGGGCUAUUCGGACCGUCCUAGUGAUAGUUGGGGUUUUUGUCCUCUGUUUCUUUCCUGGAGUUUUCACUGGGUUGAUUGCACUCUAUUUCAAAUCACUUGGAAUUCAGUACUGCAAAGCUUACACUCUGACCAGUCAGUUAUUCGCAAUGUCCAUAGGCUUCACCUAUCUGAACAGUGCUCUGGAUCCAGUCAUCUACUGCUUCUCCAGUUCUAUAUUCCGCAAUUAUUUGAAACAAGUGCUAAACAGAACUGGAAUCAUGGAGCUACAGCUCAGUCGACGGGGCAGCAUGAACAGUGGAAGUGACUGAGAAAGGAUUGGGAAUUGGACAGAAGAGAAAUUAACUAUUAAGUGUACAGUGCACACUUCUUAAAAGUGAAGAGUGUAAUUUUUUUCUAUGCUAAAAUACAGUUUCCUAUCCCAGCUUAAUGUGCAUAAUGAGCAUCCUGACCAGCCUGACAUAGCAACACUGGCUCAACCAAUGGCAUGAGUUUGAGGCAGGAAUAUCUAUUUGUCUGAUGGCAGAGUCUUUAUUUUUGCAAUUCCAUUUGGUAAUACUAGUGGCACAUAUAUUGCACACUUCACCUUUCAUUUACAUUUACUUUAUUCAUUGUUUUGUUUGUCAAGUUUUUGGUAAAUAUAAAUAAAAUAUUUUUAUUUUGUAUUUCUGAUGCAUAUAAAGUAAUAUUUUUUUUAAUAAGUACAGAAUUUCAAAUACAUUGUCUGCAUUUAUUGUUAUAAAUGAUAAAAUGUGAAUAAACACAAUAAUGCCACAUAAGAAUAAAUAUGAAAAAAAGAAUUUUAUGUAUAUUGUGAUUAAAAAUAUAUAUAUUUAAGGAACAUUUUAAAGAAUAAAGAAUUUAUUAGCAAGUGCACACAAUGUUUUAUUAAACAUGGGGAAAAUGUAUUUCAUGUCUCAACAUACAGUAUAUUUUAACAUAAUCAAUGUAGCUGGACCACAAUUUACCAUCUGCUUGAACAUUUUUAAUCCCAAUUUCCAUUUCUUUGCAACAACAAUGAUGACAACAUUAAGAUAUCGCAAUAACUCCUUUACACCUCUAUGAGAAUCCACCACUAGGAAUCCGCCUGCAUUAUGCAGUUUUUACAUUAGAGUUCUUUUUUCCUUUGGUGCUCCUGGUCUUCUGCUCCAUGCGAAUUGCCUGUAUCCUACGUUCUCGCCAGAUUGACAAGGACAGGAGAGGGCAAAGGGCUAUUCGGACCGUCCUAGUGAUCGUUGGGGUUUUUGUCCUCUGUUUCUUUCCUGGAGUUUUCACUGGGUUGAUUGCACUCUAUUUCAAAUCACUUGGAAUUCAGUACUGCAAAGCUUACACUCUGACCAGUCAGUUAUUCGCAAUGUCCAUAGGCUUCACCUAUCUGAACAGUGCUCUGGAUCCAGUCAUCUACUGCUUCUCCAGUUCUAUAUUCCGCAAUUAUUUGAAACAAGUGCUAAACAGAACUGGAAUCAUGGAGCUACAGCUCAGUCGACGGGGCAGCAUGAACAGUGGAAGUGACUGAGAAAGGAUUGGGAAUUGGACAGAAGAGAAAUUAACUAUUAAGUGUACAGUGCACACUUCUUAAAAGUGAAGAGUGUAAUUUUUUUCUAUGCUAAAAUACAGUUUCCUAUCCCAGCUUAAUGUGCAUAAUGAGCAUCCUGACCAGCCUGACAUAGCAACACUGGCUCAACCAAUGGCAUGAGUUUGAGGCAGGAAUAUCUAUUUGUCUGAUGGCAGAGUCUUUAUUUUUGCAAUUCCAUUUGGUAAUACUAGUGGCACAUAUAUUGCACACUUCACCUUUCAUUUACAUUUACUUUAUUCAUUGUUUUGUUUGUCAAGUUUUUGGUAAAUAUAAAUAAAAUAUUUUUAUUUUGUAUUUCUGAUGCAUAUAAAGUAAUAUUUUUUUUAAUAAGUACAGAAUUUCAAAUACAUUGUCUGCAUUUAUUGUUAUAAAUGAUAAAAUGUGAAUAAACACAAUAAUGCCACAUAAGAAUAAAUAUGAAAAAAAGAAUUUUAUGUAUAUUGUGAUUAAAAAUAUAUAUUUAAGGAACAUUUUAAAGAAUAAAGAAUUUAUUAGCAAGUGCACACAAUGUUUUAUUAAACAUGGGGAAAAUGUAUUUCAUGUCUCAACAUACAGUAUAUUUUAACAUAAUCAAUGUAGCUGGACCACAAUUUACCAUCUGCUUGAACAUUUUUAAUCCCAAUUUCCAUUUCUUUGCAACAACAAUGAUGACAACAUUAAGAUAUCGCAAUAACUCCUUUACACCUCUUAGUGUGCUGUACUCAAAAUAAAUCACUCUUAAGGUGUGGUCAGUGUAACGGUUACCCUGUCUUGUUUCACUGUUGCCCUCUUGUUUUCCAUCUUGUCACUUUUGCACUUCUUAGUUUUCACUUUAGUCCCUUAUGUAACUCCAUAGUCCUCUGUUAGCGUUCGUGUUCCCUGUCAUUGUUUUCACCUGCCCUCAUUAGUUUGCCGUUUGCUUCUGUUAUUCACCUUAUUAUCUUGUUUGAGUUCUGUUCGUUCAUUGGCCCCUUUCCCCCUUGUUUAUGUAUUUAUACCCUGUGUCUUUGUUCAGUCUCCGUCGAUCGUUGUUUGAUGUCAACCCGGUGUGUGUUUCCUCCUCGAGUCCCCUGUUUUGCUCACGUCGUGUGUAGUUUACUAUUUUAUGUUUA